GAUCAUCAAGGACAACAACCACCAGAGCCACUGCCUGUUCACCCCGGUAUAAUCCAGAGGCAGUCAGUGUGUGUGCCAACACUCUUUCUGCUGACACUAGACGGCAUCAAGACCAGACCAAGGAAGAUACUCAGUGAAACAAAACGGUUUGCAAUGGGGCUAUAUCUGGUGGUCUUCUGGGUCUGUGCUGUGGUGCUGCAUUCCCUUGGGAGAGCAGAGAAAGUAACUCAAACGACUGAAACAAGUUUCUCUGAGAGCACAGAAGGGUUGACUGUUGGGACAGUUACUACAAGGCUGGAUGUGACCCGAAGCCCUGCUAGACACACACACCAGAGCCUAGAACCUGACCAGAAGCAAGAACCGCCUCCCUUAUACCCCUGUCAGGAUGACGAGAUGGACUACAGUGAAAGAGUGUACCAGAGGGAUUCUCAUGGUGUUAUGCAGCUGGUUCAGAGCGACAACGAUGAAGACAGCGGGGACUAUGAAGACACUGACAUUGACACCAGCAUUGACCCCUGCAACCUAUCACCCAGUGGACCGGCCCGCUGUCUUAUCUACCCAACCAAUCAACUCAACUGCUCCUGGAAAUUCCAUGGUCUUCUUAAUGACAGCCAAUCCUCUGCCUCUGUCUUUGUGUGUAGGAACAAUGAGAGUAUCUCCAGUCUGGACUGUGCCUCUGAGGUCAUGGGAGGCCAGGGAUGGCCUGGCGGUGUGGUUCGAGGCGUGUCUGCUGGCUGCCAAGGCAGUGUGGGUGACGGCGUCACCUCUUUGAGUCUUACUUUCAGAGUGUCACGCCCUGGCGUGUGCUGCAUCUACACUAUUAAAAUGGACACCAUAGAUAUUGAAGUACUGCGCCCGCCCCCCAACAUCACUGCCUGGGUCAGAGAGGAGGGUCUGCUGGUGCAGUGGGAUCUUCCGUCCAACACCACACCCAGAUGCUUCCACUACCAGCUCCAGAUCAAUGACCUGGUGAGGAGCUUCACACAGGGACUGACAUUCACCGAGACCAACCUGGACCGCACACAACGGUACGACGUGAAGAUGAGGGUGAGGAAGAAUAGUAACUGCAGAGGAUCGGAACACUGGAGCAGCUGGAGCAACACCAUCUCAGUGGCCCCGUCUGAAUCACACAAUCAGCUGAACACUCUGGCGGUUGUUGCCAUCACUCUGGGGAUACCCAUGAUCCUCCUGGCUCUGCUGCUGCUGAUCAGACUCCAGAGGGACCGUCUGUUUCCCCCCAUCCCUGGCCCCCCACUGACGAUUAAACACCUCUUGGAGAGAGACGACCUACUUCAGGCCCUGCCGUCCAAAUGUGUUGAGGAGAUCACAGUGGUGGAGGAAGCUGAGGAAACACCUGUCAAUAUGGCCAGUUAAACAAGAGGUUUUUAAAGUAGCCUCGUAAAUGCCAGCGGGAUCAGACGGCUUUGCUUGGCUGUUUUAAAGCCCCCGUCAACAUUAGCCCCUAGGCUCUCUGGCCGAACUGUAAGAAGGAUCCCCUUAGCCUAUCAGAGGUGAAGAUGCAGUCAUUAUUAUUUGUUAAUACCUAUACAGUCCUUUCCGAUCUACAAGUAGGACAAGGAGUGUGUGCAGGGCAAGUGUGACCUUCCUGGUCCCAUCCAUCAAGUCUGUGAGUCAACACAGGAAGGAGUAAUGGAUAGAUAGUUAUUUUAUUUCCAAAGCUGCGAUCAUGGGACACACACAGUAUGGAUGAAUGAUGAGUAGUAGACAUGAUAUAACAGCACUCCUGAAGAAGAUGCAUUCUCCAGUUAGCUACCAACUUCAGAGGGAACAGUAGCUAGCAUAAAACCCACAUUGGCAAAUAACAUAUCUGACGCCAAACCAACAGCAUUAGUUACUAAUAACAUAAAUUGCUAACGUAAAAUGUGGAUUUUUUUGAUGUAAUGUCAACUUUAUACAUUUCUAUCCACAAGCAAUUUCCUUGGUCAGACAUGUUGGAUUCUAGCUUGAAAUGUACUUAUUCAUAUUACCUACUAUGAAUUAUUGAUGACUUUACAUGUAUAAUGAAUGUAUGUGUUUGAGUAAAUGGCAGAUAAGAACUAGGUGAAUGGAAAGUUAAUCAGUGGGUCCUAUGGAGGGAGGCAAAGGGCAACAGUCUGGUUUCAGUCACUGGUAAGGUAGGACAGCUGUGGAUUAGGGAGGAGUGAGAAAUUUGGCCUGAAGUGAGAAGGAAUAAGACAUUUUUGCAUUUGUAUAAAGAAAAACGAUCACAUUUACAUAAGUAUUUAGAACCUUUACUCAGUACUUUGUUGAAGCACCUUUUCCAGCGGUUACAGCCUCAUGUCUUUUGGGGUAUGACGCUACAAGCUUGGCGCACUUGUAUUUGGGGAGUUUCUUGCAUAGCUCUCUGCAUAUCCUCUCAAGCUCUGUCAGGUUGGAUGGAGAGUUUUGCUGCACAGCUAUUUUCAGGUCUCCAGAGAUGUUCAAUCGGGUUCAAGUCCGGGCUCUGGCUGGGACACAAGGACAUUCAGAGACUUGUCCCAAAGCCAAUCCUGCUUUGUUUUGGCUGUGUGCUAAUGGUCAUUGUCCUGUUGGAAGGUGAACCUUCUCCCCAGUCUGAGGUUCUGAGUGCUCUGGAGCAGGAUUUCAUCAAGGAUCUCUUGCUUCGUUCAUCUUUGCCUCAAUCCUGACUAGUCUCCCAGUCCCUGCCGCUGAAAAACAUCCCCACAGCAUGAUGCCUCCACCAUGCUAGGUUUAACUAAGUGGCAAGGUGAAAAAUCUAUGAAUGUGCCCUUGAGCAAGGCACUUAACCCUAAUGGCUCCAGGGUUACUGAUCAUAAUGGAGAGUGGGGUCACAGCCAGCCAUUAUGAACGGUGUCGUGGAAAUUUCCUCUAUUUACCUAAUCAUGGGAGCAAACCACACACACACACGUCAGAGUUAGUUAUAAAAGUCCAUCUUUAAUUAUAUGAGUUCUUAUCACAAUCCUGUGACUCAGAUAAAUUCAGUGUCUCCUAGUGAAUUUUCUGAGAGCCCUCUUACAAUGCAACUGAGUUCCUUUUAAUAGCAAAGACACACAUAGACAUAAUUCAUCGUUCAGCUUUGUCUCCUUUCCCAAACCCCAGAACCAUAAACCAAUUCCUCCAUAUCAACAGGCAUAUAUCAAAUUGUCAUUUAUAUACAACCCACUCUAAAUACAAACUCACAGAGGAGAGUGAGGCUAUAAGUUAAGAUAGAAACAACAUUAGAGGGAGCAUAGAAUGAUUCCAGACACUGCAACCCUUCUUUCCCCACUAGAAAAGGUAGGGAGUAAAAGAUAUGUUUACACAUGAUGACACUUUGACCUCUCCCCUCUCUGUGGCCCAUGCAACUUAGUUUUGACAUAGAACAGAAACUGCCAAUGGCCACCACUAUAGUACAACAAAAUACAUUCUUAUGAGAAGUAACUUACACACAUUUGAUGAAUAUUAAACAUCUUACAAAUGUUACCAACAAAUUCUGAUCCUUCCACGACAACGGUAACCCUGGAGCUAUAAGGCUUAAGUGCUUUGCUCAAGGGCACAUCCAUAGAUGUUUCACCUUGUCGGCUCGGGGAUUCAAACUAGCAACCUCUGUUACUGGCCCAACGUUCAAACCGCUAGGCUACCUGCUUAAACUCCACCAUCAUUAACCCCUAAGCUUGUGGGCCGAUCUGUAAUGAGGAUCCCCUUAACCUAUCACAGGGCAAGAUGCAGUCGUUACCCUUUAGUUAACACCUAUCCAAUCCUUUCAGAGAGUGGGAUAUGAAAAAAACACAAACACAUUUCUAAAUCUCAUGUGAAAGAGGACAAAUAUUAGUACCCACCAAAUUACUACACACACACUUCAAAGCGUUCCUCCACCUGGAACCACAAACAUGCACUUUUGUAAACAACAAAAGCAUCUCAAAGGCUCAAUUAAAUGCAUAUAUAUAUAUAUAUAUAUAUAUA